AUGACACUUCUAUCUCAGAUUGAAGAAUCUCUUGAAGAACUUGCACCCGCUUGCACCUUGGAGUUACUGAGCAUGCCAAAUACCCCUGAAAAUGUUGAACGAAGACGAGGAGCAAUUGCGGCUUUACGCGAAUUAGUUAGACAGGGUCUUGAUGUUGAAGCUUCAUGUCAAGUGCAGGACUGGCAUUCUUUUCUAAGCCAAGCGUUUGGCAAUUUACUGGCUAAUGAGAUUGUUGAUCUUCUUCCUUGGGAUAGCUUAGCCGUUAUGCGGAAGAAUAAGAAGACCAUUGAAUCACAAAAUCUAAGGGUAGUAAUUGAUUCAAGCUGUUUCUAUAGAGUUUUUACAGCUCAUAUGGCACUUGGAUUUUCCAGCAAGCAAAAAGAGUUGAUUAACAAGGCAAAAAUCAUAUGUGAAUGUUUGAUAGCUUCAGAGGGCAUUGAUCUGAAAUUUGAGGAAGCUUUUUGCCUAUUCCUUCUUGGACUGGGCACAGAGGCUGAGGCAGUUGAAAAGCUGAAGCAGCUUGAGCUAAACUCAAAUCCAAAACAUAAUUCAAUCUUGGGGAAGGCAAUAAUGGAUGCUUCAGCUGCAAACCCAUCGUUGGAAUUGUGGCUUAAGGAUUCUGUGCUUGACUUAUAUCCAGAUACUAAAGGUUGUUCUCCUGCUUUGGCCAAUUUCUUUAAUGCUCAAAAGAAAUUUUCUGGAAGCAAGAACUCUAAAGGAUCUUCACAAAUGUUUCCUACUAUAUGUCAUAGACCUCUAUCAUCAUCGGGUUCUGUAGAACGGAAAGAUUUUGAGGAACCUCGCUCAUAUAUGAGCUCUUCCCCAAAUUUGGGGUUUGCUGUCAAGCAGCUGACUCCUACUGAUUUGCAGGGUUCACUGCUAUCCGGCAAAAAUGAAAACGAACGCAAUCCUAGUGAACCACAUGUUAAAGUAAACAGGAACCUUGGCACGUAUAACAAUGGUAUUUGGAAUAAUCACUUUACUCGUGCUCAAGUAUUUGAAAGAAUAACACACGUUACCAUCUUGGGUUGUAUCGUAUUUGCUUCAAUGAAGUUGUUGGGAAUGAACUUGGGCAAGAAUUUUACUGGUUCUAACUGGGCUUCCACAAAAGCCCACAAUAGCACUUCUUGGACUGCAAAUUCAUCUGUUAACUACAGUGUAGGCCCGACAUAUACGAGGCAAAGUUCUAUUGCCAACAAACUGAAGAGAAUUAUGUCAACGGAGGCUGAUGCCUGUGGAAGAAGCAGAAACCCUUAUUAG